AUGGAUCCAAACACAGUAAAAAGAGCUGCCUCAAAUCUCCAGCGCGAAGAGCAAAAAGCAAAAGGUUAUACACCUGCAGGGGGAGCUGCCGCUAGAGCACAAUCUAUAGCUGAUCGUGCAGCUAGAGGACAAACAAUAGUUCAAGAUAAUCCAAUUGAGCAGAACAUAGAUGCUGUUGAUGCCGAAGCCGUUAACGAUGCUUCACGUAUGCUGAACCGUGAGGAAAGUAAAUUAUAUGGGGGUGUAAUUCCACCUGAUACUGCAGGCUGGGAAGAUAGCUCGUGGGGUUAUCAUGGUGAUGAUGGAAACACGUAUUUAAACAAUGAUGGCAAAUCAUAUGGACCAAAAUUUAUGACCGGUGAUACUAUCGGAUGUAGUUUAAACAUUAGAAAUAAUACGGUAUUUUAUACAAGAAACGGAGUGAAUCUAGGAAUUGCAUUCCGAGAUUUGAAAACUGCUUUGUAUCCUUGUGUUGGAAUUUUGUCGCCAGGUGGAACU